AUGUCCGGCUCCAAGGAUCCUAAGAACGAUCUCAACUCGGAGCUUGAGUCGUUCCGGCAGCAGUGGAUUUCGGAUCUGCGCCAUAAGGACGAGCCCGCCGCUGCCUCAACCUCAUCCGCAGGCCCCUCGCGGCCGCGAGCACCCUCUUCAUCCUUCCAGCAUCCCAUCCCGAAGUCAGGCUACUUGCCGCCAUCCGGUGGGAAGAAGAAUGCCCCCGUCGAAGAUGAUGACGAAUACUUUCAAGGCCGCUCCUUUGACGAGCUCCCGGCCCCUUCCGGCCAUACACUAGCUGAAGGCCCAGCUCAGCCCUCUGGAGAGAGGAAACUGGUCUCGGCCUUGGACCAUUUCGAGGAGGCCAUGGAGAAGGAAGCCCAAGGAAAUAUGGGUGCCAGCUUAACGCUGUAUCGAAAGGCUUACAAGCUGGACAAUGGUGUAGACAAGAGAUACCGGGAGAAGCACUUCCCCAGUGGUCCCAAGCCACAUGCUAUAUCACACCCAUCGGCAGCUAAGGCAACCUCCUCUACCACUGCCGCCAAGAAUCCCGCGCCUUCACAGCCCGGUGCGGCCAAGCCAGACGAGGAACCGGCGCAGCCUCUCACAAUCCCAGAGCUCCUGGCAAGCUUCGCCGAGCUAAGCAUCGAACCCUCACCCCCGGAGGUGGAGGGCAUGCCACAACCCCCUUGCCCGAUCGCCUCGGUACCAGACGAGAUCCUCGUGCACGUCCUCUCCGAUGUCGCCAUCCACGACAUCGCCGCCUUCGCCCGCCUCUCCCUGGUCUGCAAGCGCCUCGCCUACCUCGUCGCCUCCGAGAAGCGCAUAUGGCGCGAGGUCUGCCUCGGCAGCAAGUUCGGCUUCAGCGGCAUGCGCUUCCACUGGAACACCAACGUCGACUGGACCCCCCUCGAGGAGCAGGAGCAGGAGGAGCAGGCCGACGACGGGACCCUCGUCAGCAUGCGCGAGCUCGAGGCCCGCCGCGGCGCCGAGAGCCUCGCCGUCACGCACUCCCUCACGCCGGCCGUCUACCGCUCGUGGAAGGCCAUGUUCCGGCACCGGCCCCGGAUCCGGUUCAACGGCGUCUACAUCAGCACCGUCAACUACGUUCGCUCCGGCCAGGCGUCCACCAACCAGGCCACAUGGGGCGGCGCCCCCAUCCACAUCGUCACCUACUACCGCUACCUCCGCUUCUACCGCGACGGCUCCGCCAUCAGCCUCCUCACCGUCUCCACGCCCGCCGACGUGGUGCACCACAUGACCAAGGAGCAGCUGGAGUCCAACCGCGGGCGGGACCGCUCCCAUGCCCACAGCCUCCCCUCCGCCGUCAUGCAGCACGGCCUCAAGGGCCGCUGGCGUCUCUCCUCGGCCGUGGACCAUCCGGACGCCUCGACCCUGGCCGAGCAGGAAGGGGACCUAUACGUCGAGACGGAAGGUGUGGGGUCCCAGUACGUCUACCUGAUGGAUCUUUCGCUGCGCAGCGCCGGCAAGGGCGUCAGGAACAACAAGCUGGUCUGGAGAGGCUACCACAGCUACAACAAGCUAACAGACGACCUGGCCAAGUUUGAGCUGAAAAACGACAAGCCCUUCUUCUUCAGCCGUGUAAAGAGCUUUGGGUUCGGGGAAUAA